AACCACGUGUUCAAGAUCCCGACGAAACAUUUGCUCCAAAUAUUAUAUUAUUUCGUUAUUUUUGAAAAAGCAAAUUCCACGAAUUAAUAGUACCCUCUUUAAUAAAGUGUUUCCGGAAAACCACGAAAUUUCGUGCCAGCGAAAAUAUCAUUCCAAAUACAUUAAAGUAAACCCCAAACUUUCAAAACUAAUUAUUCUUGUAUUUCACAGGACAUUAUCAAAUAACAAGACCGAAAAGUAUCGAUAAACAUUGAAAAUUGUAGAGAGAAUGAAUGAAGUCAUGAACUCAAAAGUUUCGAUAAUUUAUUACGUUUAAUUUGUGUUAUAAAUUCCACUUACAUGAACAAUGACAAACAUUAUUUAAUAUACUGGAAUACAACGUUUCGAUACUCAAUUACAUCAAAUUACUUUAAAAGCUUUUCUGUGAUAGCAUAGAAUUGUUAAUAUUGUGUGGCCUUCGACGGUUGAAACUCGAUAUCUUGAGGAGAAUUAAAUCAUUCGAUGAUCACUUUUAGAAACGGAGGCUUUACUGUUUAAGAUAAUAAUAAUACCUAUGUUGAUAAGAGCAUAAAUUUAUAACAAACUCAGGGCCUAGUGAUCAGUUUUGACAUUUUAUUUAAACAGGAAUCUUUGGAAAUUCAAUACAUCAAUAGCCAUUUGAAACAUUUUUUCUCGUUUUCGGACGGAUUAAGUUUUGUCUGAAAUGUUUGUCUUACGUAUUUGAAAAAUAGACCAUACAGUGUGAAAAACGAUAUAUAACUAACUUCUAUUGGUGAUUAAUCGAGUAUCUACAAUAUUGUGAGGACAAGGUGGAAUAAACGAGGAGCGGUAGAUGAAUAUUUGUUUUACUUGUUUUUCUAUGUACAUAAUAAAAGUGAACGCAACUCAAAUAAAGAAAUCUCUUGAAAAGUCACGACUCUGUGAAUUCUUUCCGAAGAUUCUGUGAACAUUAACUCCAGUAUGGAAAGUAAGCUUAGCAAGGAAGUACUCCGAGCGCAUAACGCAUCCGAGAGUGGCAGCCACGACGCCGCCAGCCGCCUAGACGUCCUCUCCCAUAAAACGCCCAUGCGUGAGCGCGCCGGAACGAUGAUGAGUGAGAGCUCCACCGGAACCGGCCACGGGAGGCUGAAAUUACAGCGUCUGAGACACAAGAUCAAGCUUUUUGGAGGCUCGUUCUCAAAGAGUGGCUCGGAAUCGCAGGUCACAAAACAUUACGAAAACACGUACCGAAUCGAGCCACGAGAGGGGAAGCAUUUCGCGACAAAGAAAGCAGAGGAUAUUAUUCACACUGUUUUAGAGAGUUAUUUAAAAGGAAAGAGUUAUGAUUCAAAGAAGUGCGCCAUAUUGUCGAAAAGCUUAGCUGAGCUCAUAAAGGAACGCAUAAAGGCGUCAGGAUGCGAACGCUACAAGAUCAUAUCCCACGUGAUGAUACUGGAGAAUGGAGGACAGAGCAUGCGUCACGUCAGUCGAUGCUUGUGGAACAAAGACACAGACAAUUACGCCACGGCGACGUUUGAGACGCAGGAUUUUAUAGCCGUUGGAUCUGUGUUUGCCUCAUACUAUGACUAGUGUCUUGUGCCAAGAUACUCGAGAUAACUAACACGUUUUCCAACAUCGGGACCCCAGGGCCUUCGUACGAAGUUGUGAAGGGGCAGUCUCUUAGCCAGUCUUCUCUCUUAAUGUUAAAAUGGUCGAUAUAGUAGUAUCAUGUUACUAAACCCGUUAACCGUUUUCGGAUGGAUUUAAUUUAGUGUCUAUAAUUAUUGUUUCAUGGCUGUGUACAAAAUAAAACGAAGUUAGAAUUUCUAAGUAAAAUAAUAACCUUUAACAUUAUUACAAAGAUUGUGUGUCUCUUGUAUUGUGGAACCUUAUUUAAGACACUGGGAGUAAAGUAUUGUAUUGUUAUGAAAGUGCUUUUAAUAUAUUAUAAUAAAAUUCUUAAAUCACUGAG